AUGAAGGGUUGUUCGCCUGUCCUGAACAUUGCCAACAGAGUUGCUGUCGGGAAAGCAACCCUGCUCAUCUGGAGGGAGCAUUUUAACACUUUGCUGAAACGACAAGCGCCGCCACCCCCUGAACCAGUGCGCGCCCGAAGACAGACAUGCACCACGGUCAGCGAAGAGCCACUGACGGAGUCGGAGACAUUUUACUUGGUAGUGCUCACUACUGCUAUACUUGGGUCAAAACGACAAAAACUCGGCCUAGUUACGCAGCGGCUGCUCUCGAACUGGCGUGGUGAAGCCGGAGAUGGGAUAGAGAUUGGACCAUCGCGAAAUGCAACGAUGCUUACAUUUCUAGUCCUUUGCAUUUGUUCAACUACCGUAAUAUCCCAUAAUUGUCCUCAUCCGCUCGUUCCUGAGAACGGACACAUCACUUUCGAUGGACCAAGCCCCUACUCACCAUAUGCUCCGAAUACUGUGGCGAAAUAUAGUUGUUCCCCUGGAUUUGAUAAAGUUGGAGGUACGGAUGAGAGGAUCUGUACUCCGUUAGGAUCGUGGAGUGGAGAGGCUCCCGUAUGCGCCAUCGAUGUGGCAGCAGGAAAACCAGCGCUGCAGGCUAGUUUGAGUCGUGUUUUUGUGUAUCGUUGGUUCGCUUACCCACUUUCUCAACUUUUUUGUAAUUUCGUUGACCUCACCUUGAGGGAGGUCGACCUGCUUGGUUCAUUUAAUGUACAUGGUGUCGCUAUCCGCCUUGGAAAACAGUCAUCACACAUUAUGAAUAUCUACUUGAUACAGGAUAACGGUGACCUGCGGCAAUGCGACAUUUCCUCUUAUCUGUUUGUGGAAAACGCUACCGUAUUUGUCACCUGCGAGUUGGAAAGAGUCCAAAAAGUGCGAAUCAUCUCCGAAUCCAGGUUACAUCUGUGCGAAGCCAGAGUGUUUGCAACCAAUGCAGUAUCACCAUGGCAAUGUUCGCAAAGUUUAAUGGAUGUACUAGGUGUGUUCGAAGGCCUAUGCUACAGCGCGUCUCGAGAAGAACGCUCUGAUUGGCUGGGGUCUCAGAGAAAAUGUCUGGAUAGAGGUGCUACUCUUCCUAUGAGAAUGAGCGAAAAUUCCCAACGUGGAGUACGAGCAGCGCUGGCAGCAUCUCCGUUCCAGAAAGAAUUCUACUGGAUAGGUGUAUCGUCUUCGCUCUCCGACUGGCGGUGGGCAGACGGCACAACAGUGGCUGAUGAAGAUGCGGACUGGUCAAACUCGAAAAUUCUGCCUUCUAAUCAUCCUGAAGCGGUUGUGAUUGCUCGCCUUGCUGAAUGGCGGUGGAUACCGUCAGCGCAGAACGUUUGGAACUCGUUUCUUUGCCAGAGCAAACCAAAGUCGUGCACGUUUCCUGGCGUGGGAGAGGCUGGACGAGUCUCGUUCUCUUCGCAAAGUUUCACAAUCGGCUCGUUUUCGGUGUACACGUGCGAAGAGGGAUACGAUCUGGAAGGCGAAGCUGAACGCAGUUGUGAGGAGGACGCACGAUGGAGCGGCACUAUUCCACGAUGCAGGAAGAGAAGGUGCAGCAACGUAGAUGUGUGGGGUGGUGGCGGGAUCGUUCGACUCCUUAACGGAACGACUGAAUACGGUAAUGAGAUGGAAUAUGAGUGUCUCAACGGCUGGAGGCUCGUAGGUGAAGGAAGAAGACGGUGUCGCUCUGAUGGAACAUGGAGCGGAUCAGCUCCUUCCUGUGAGGUGGUGGAUUGCGAUCGUCCGCCUUCAAUUCCAAAAGGAAGCAUCUCAGUGUCAACAACAACAUUCGGGUCGUCAGCCAAUUACAGUUGCCAGGAUGGUUACCGUCUCAUAGGUCACGCUAUCGUGACCUGCGGGUCGACAGGAGUGUGGGAACCGGCCGUACCUGCUUGUUACGAUAUUGCAACACUCCGUGAACUUAAAUCGGAGUCGGCGGAGAAUCACGCAGGUUUAGCAGCUCUCUUGGUAGUUCUAGGACUUCUUCUAGUGUUCGCCGUACUCCGUUUUUCCAGAACUAGCAAGACCGUCCCUAUUUCUGAGAAGUCUGCCCCUCCAUAUGGGACUCCGAAUGUGAUCUAUGCGAUCCCAUCGGUGAUCGGGAACCAUCCGGACUCUGUCGUCUAUUACGCGUCAAGUGCUCCACUAACAAAAAUGGAACUACCUCCCCAUCUCGUCUCGCUCAAACCACUGCCUUCCGGUCAUUUCCAAGCAACAGUACCGAUAGGUCGCGCUAUGAUUCGACCUCAGCUGCCGAUUUUCGCUCCGUCUCCAACACCAUCACAAUUGUUGUAUUCGUUCGACUACGAACCCAUCUACGAUGUACCUCCUGAUGUGGACAAACAAGAAAAUCCACAAGAGGAAAAUAUUUACGAAAAACUUCCUGACGUCAGGCCUCAUCCAUAA